AUGUGGUUGUUUUGCCUACGAAUGAAUGGUACACAUCGCAAACUUGCGCAAUAUGUCUUGGCCGAUUCGAUCGAAGAACAAAACCGCAUCGAUUCAAAGUGUGCCAAGAUUACCUAUAACAAUCACUUCUAUUGUUUUCACUCCAUUAUAUUCAUAUGUCUGGCUGCGAUAAAUAUCGGAUACUCACAAAAUAUCCCGGAUAUAUAUCUAUGCUCAGUAUAUGUUCUGGUUGUUGGUUUAUUGUUGUUGCCACCCAUAAUCGUUGCAAAGAAAAGCAAACGCAAACUGAAGGAGGAAAAGGAUGAACGAAGUCUCAGUGCCAAUCAAGUGAUUGAUAAUGAUGAAGCAAAUCCAAAUCCAAUCGAACCAACCGCGGCUGAUUUUAUGUCAAAGGUGAAAGUGACUUUCAAGAACUGGCGUCUACAUCCUGCAACUGGAAAUUGGGAAAAUGUUGGAGCUGCUCAUCAGUCAAAAACUGUAUGAAACCGGG